AUGGGAGGUGCUAAUGGAAGUAAAAUUGUAGUCACCACUCGUAGCAAUCGUGUUGCUGAAAUCAUGGGCACAGUCUCUCCCCAAAAUUUGAGUCUUCUUCCACAUCGAGAUUGUUUGUCUUUGUUCUUUAAAUGUGCAUUUAAAGAAUAUGAAGUGCAACAAAAUCCAAAUUUGACAACAAUUGGGGAAGAAAUAGUGAGAAAAUGCAAAGGAGUUCCGCUAGCAGUCAUAACUUUAGGGUCGUUGCUCCACUCUGUAACUGAUGAACGUGAGUGGGAAGUGAUAAGAGAUAGUGAGAUAUGGGAAUUAAAGCAGAAGGAAAAUGUUAUUUUGCCUGCUUUAAGAUUGAGCUAUGAACAUUUGCCAUCUUACUUAAAAAGAUGCUUUUCAUAUUGUUCAAUUUUUCCCAAAGAUCAUGUAUUGGACGAUAUUGAAUUGGUUUAUUUGUGGAUCGCAAAUGGACUUGUUCAAUCUUCCAAUGGGAAUCAAGAGUUAGAAGAUGUUGGCUUUCGCUACUUUAAAGAGUUGUGUUCUAGGUGUUUCUUCCAAGUUUUUUCUGAAAAUUUUGGUCAUGUUAAGUGUAAAAUGCAUGAUCUAAUACAUGAUCUAGCAUUAUCCAUUACACAAAAUGAAUGCUCAAAGUUUCUCGACAGCACUAAAGAGAUUGACAAGAGUGUUCGACAUGUAUCUUUUCCCCAUCCUAAAUCACUUCCGAAAGAUGUUCCUAAAUCCUUACAAAACUUGGAAUGCAUGCGGACCAUUUGCUUUAGAAAUGAAAGAGGAGAGGGAAUAAGCAGUGAAGUGUUCAUUAAGACAUGUUGCUCAAGAUUUCAGUACUUGAGAGUCUUGGAUUUGAGUUGUUCACGCUUUGAGGAGCUGCCAGCAAGUAUAGGCAAUUUGAAGCAUUUGAAAUCUCUUAGUUUAUGGAUGAACUCUAAGAUCAAAAGACUCCCUAAUUCAAUAUGUAAGUUACAAAGCUUGCAGACUCUACAUCUCUUUCUCUGUUUGAAUCUUCAAGAGUUGCCCAAAGAUAUAAGGUGCAUGAUUAAUCUUAGAUUUCUUUGUAUUACUACACAACAAAAGUAUUUUUCAACGGGUGGAAUAGAUUGCUUGAAGUCUCUUCGAUUUCUUUACAUUAUUAGAUGUUCCAAUCUGGAAUAUUUGUUUGAAGACAUGCAAGGUCUCGAAAAACUUCGAAGACUGGUCAUCUCUGCUUGUGAAAGUUUGAUCUGUUUGCCACAAAGUAUAAAAUGCCUAACAACAUUAGAUACUCUUUGUAUUGCUGGUUGUGAUAACCUGGAAUUGAGAAUGGAGGAAGGAGAAGAAACGCAAUUCAGCCUCCAAAGAUUAGAGUUAAGACGGUUGCCAAAAAUUGUGGACUUUCCAGAAUGGCUUAUUCGAGGAUCUACCAAUAGUUUAAAAGUGUUGGAAGUUGAAAAAUGCAACAACCUCAGAGAAUUGCCAAAUUGCCUACAGAACAUGGCGUCACAUCCAGAGAUUCGAAUCAUAGAUUGUCCGGAGCUAAACAAUGAUCCUUUACGAAAGCCGGUGAGAGUUAAUAUAUAG